GUGGAAGCGUUUCUGAACAAGGGGAGCAAAGCAGUGAAGAAGCCGGUGAAGCGAAGGCAGGCGUUCCGUCUCGCCCAGCAUGAGAAGCUACGGCUACUGCGGAUCCAAGAAGGAAUUAUGGUAUUCCUCGUGGGGCGCGCAAGGCAAAUCUCCAAUUUGGCAAACAACGAGACCGUCCGGGCCUUCGCGCUAUCGCUCUUUGGCGGGAGAAAAGUCUUGCCGACAGAACCACAGGGUAGCGAUUUCCACACGGGAAUUUACUCCGGGACUUCCGCAGCGUCGUCCUCUUCUGUGGGGGCGAUUGAAAGUGAAACGCCCAUUAGAAGUGAUGUUACGGUUGCUGCUGGUGGUGUUAAAUCCAGCAGCAAGAUUUCUGCUGCCGAUGCGGGUGCAGCUGUUGUGAUUGAACUAAGUGAUUCUGAGUCCGAGCAGCAUGCAGCGACAUCGAAAAAAAUGGCCAAGGGAAAGAGUAAGGCGAAACCAAAAGCAAAAACAAAAGCAGAUGCAGUGCCGAAGAAGAUGAAAAUAAAGGCUGUUCCUACCGCCAGCUCUUCUGAGAUGGUGGCGUCGAAAAAUGCCGGUCGGGACGUCGAGGCAGCCGACAAGACGAGAAAUGGCUUAGAGCAGCAUUCGUCAGCACUCGAACGUGACGUGAUCUUGCAGGAUAUCCGUGCGUUUUUCUCAUCCUCGGAAGAGCGUGAGAUGUUCGAGGGAUGUGUGGCGGAUAUCGCCCCCUGUUCCUCCGUCUUUGAAGUGCUGCAGCUGAAAACCCCGACGUCGUUCUUCAUUCUGCAACUUGCCUACCAGCGGUUCUAUGCGAAGAAGGCCCCGAUUCUCUGGGCGGCCUCCACAGUUCCCGGGUUCAAGGCAUUGCAGGUUCGGAUCCACCACGAGCAACUGUUCUCUGACGAGGCCAUUGCGGAAGCGAAAGAUGCAGAGAGGCAGGAGAAAACGGCCCGAAACGCACGGAAGGUUUUCGCCAGAAAUCUAG